AUGAGACAGCUCAGUGACGUGAUCAAGAUUUCAGAUGCCGUAGAAUCUGAUACUAUACAUACCUAUUACACGUUAGAUGCCGAGGUUUUGAAGCAGUCAGGGACGAAUAGGAAACUGACCAAUGUUGCAGAACAGGCUAGAAAGUUGCGUCCCAGAAUGCAAGCGAUGUACGAUGUAUUGUCAGAAACUAAUAAUUGUCCGGACUGCUCUGGCCAUAGUGGCGAAGACAAUACUGCAGCUGAGGAAAUGUUCAUGUCUUUCCUUCAAAACUCUUCUCUUGAUCCGAUCUCCGACGUAGCUCCAUGUGCCUAUGAUGGCUUUAUUGCGAAUCUUCAUAGCUUCCUUGUACAGUGUACGAACUCUUGUUUGGAAAAGGGUGUUCUGUAUUCUGCAAAUACUCCCAUUCUACGGUUUCCUAAGCGCACAUCUCCGAUGAAGGCUAGGAGUUCCGACAACAAAAACUGCCUUUUUGCAAGUACUGAGGAGAACCUACGCACAGUUUCGCAACACCUUGAUAAUAUACUUUUUCCGGUACUAGCAGGUGAUGAUAUGGUUGUGUGCGGCUCAGAACAGAGGAAAGAAACAGUUGUUGAUUUUGUUGACAAA